CACAUUAUCGGUCUCCUCUCCUCCACUGAAACUGACCAUUUAUUACAGAAAGGAGGGAGAGAGAGAGGGGGAGAGAGAGAGAGCAAAGCUUUUGAAAAAGAACCGCCCAAACGCCCUCUUUCUGUUCUCUCUCGGAGCUCAUCGGAGAAAUGGAGAACGAGAACGCUGCGGGUUCCAAGGAAAACGGAGGAGGUCCGACUUACGGCGGGGAUUACGUACAGUACAAUGUUCUGGGGAAUGUGUUCGAGGUCUCCGCCAAGUACUUCCCCCCCAUUCAGCCUGUCGGCCGCGGAGCCUAUGGCAUCGUCUGCUGUGCCAGAAAUUCGGAGACCAAAGAAGAAGUCGCGAUCAAGAAGAUUGGGAGUGCGUUUGAUAACAGGAUUGAUGCGAAGAGGACUCUCCGAGAAAUCAAACUCCUCUGCCACAUGGACCAUGAAAAUAUAAUCAAGAUCAAGGAUAUCAUAAGGCCACCGAACAGGGAACAGUUCAAUGAUGUUUAUAUCGUGUAUGAGUUAAUGGACACUGACCUGCAUCAAAUCAUACGCUCGAGUCAAGCUCUAACUGACGAUCACUGUCAGUAUUUCCUGUAUCAGCUGCUCCGGGGACUGAAAUAUGUUCACUCAGCAAACGUCUUACAUCGAGAUCUAAAGCCAAGCAAUCUGCUCCUCAACGCGAACUGUGAUCUCAAAAUCUGUGAUUUUGGCCUUGCAAGGACAACUUCUGAGACAGACUUCAUGACUGAAUAUGUUGUAACAAGGUGGUACCGUGCCCCAGAAUUGCUCCUCAACUGCUCGGAGUACACUGCUGCAAUCGACAUUUGGUCCGUGGGCUGCAUUCUUAUGGAGAUAAUUACAAGGGAGCCACUAUUUCCGGGUAAAGACUAUGCUCAACAAUUGGCACUCAUAACUGAGCUACUAGGAUCACCGGGUGAUUCGGAUCUUGGAUUUUUGAGGAGCGAAAAUGCCCGCAAGUAUGUUAAGCAGCUCCCUCAAGUCCCAAAGCAAUCAUUUUCUAAGAAGUUUCCGGAGGCUUCCCCCUUGGCCAUUGAUCUCGCCGAGAGAAUGCUAGUUUUCGACCCUAGGGAGCGUAUAACAGUCGAUGAAGCUCUCAAUCAUCCUUAUCUGUUGAGCCUCCAUGAGAUCAACGAGGAGCCCACUUGUCCAUCUCCAUUCGUCUUUGAUUUCGAACAGGCAUCCUUGGACGAGGAAGACGUAAAGGAGCUUAUAUGGUUAGAGUCUUUGAACUUCAACCCUAUAGAGGAUUUCGUCAUUUCUUGCAAGUGAAUGUAUAGUAUAUUGCAACUCCAUCCUGGAAUCAGGAUUGAGCUACCAGGGUGAACUCAAAAGUAUAUUGGUAUCUUGUGCUUAUGGGGAGAUUGUGUGCAUAAAAGAGUGAGGCUAAUGUUCUCCUAGCCUUGCUCAAUUUUCGGCGAAUUGUGGUUGUAUGUUUGCUGCUGAAGGAAAUACAAGAAUCUGUUUGUGCCCGA